AUGGGCGGCCAGGGUCUGCAGCCGGGGACGCCCGCGGGGAAGCGCCCUGUGCGCCACGGGACAGGGUCCCCCGGCGGCGGCGCCCGGGCGCAGCGCCGGCUGCUCGCGCUCUUCGUGCACGCGUGGCUGUGGGCGGCCUCGGGCUGCUCCGCGCAGGUGUUCAACCUCAGCCUCUCCGUGGACGAGGGGCUUCCCCCGGACACCCUCGUCGGCGACAUCCGCGCUGGGCUGCCGGCCGCGCAGCAGCAGGAGGGGGGCGGCUUCUUUCUGUCCGAGGACUCCGACGACUCCCCGCUGCUGGACGACUUCCACGUGCACCCGGACACCGGCGUCAUCCGCACCGCCCGGCCCCUGGACCGCGAGCGGCGGGACCACUACAGCUUCGUGGCCGCCACGCUGCUGGGCGCCGUGGUGCAGGUGGACAUCCGCGUCAACGACGUGAACGACCACUCGCCGCGCUUCCCCAGCGACUCCCUGCGCCUCGACGUGUCCGAGCUCAGCCCGCCGGGCACCGCCUUCCGCCUGCCAGGGGCGCGGGACCCCGACGCCGGGCUGUUCGGCACGCAGGGCUACACGCUGGUGCACGCGCCCCGCCUGCCCGAGGACCCCGCGGGACCCCUCUUCCAGCUGCGCUACGGGGCUCGGGGGUCGCCGCCGGCGUCGCUGUCCUCGUCGCCCCUGGAGCCCCUAGACUUGGUGCUGCUGCGGCGCUUGGACCGGGAGGUGACAGCGACGCACGAGCUGCAGAUCGAGGCGUGGGACGGCGGCCGCCCGCGGCGCACGGGCCACCUGCGCGUGGAGCUGCGCGUGCUGGACGAGAACGACAACCCGCCGGUCUUUGAGCGGAGCGAGUACCGCGCGGCCGUGCGCGAGGACGCGCCCCCGGGCGCCCCGGUCUGCCGCGUGCGCGCCACCGACCCGGACCUGGGGCCCAACGGCCUCGUGCGCUACAGCCUGCGCGCCCGCCAGGCGCCCGGGCCGGGGGGCAGCGGUGGCCCCCGGGGCGACGCGGCCUACUUCGCGGUGGAGGAGCUGAGCGGCGUGGUGAGCGUGCGGCGGCCGCUGGACCGCGAGGCGCAGGCCUGGCACCAGCUGGUGGUGGAGGCCCGCGACGCCGGCGCGGAGCCCGAGGUGGCCACCGUGCGCGUGUCCAUCGCCGUGCUGGACGUGAACGACAACCCGCCCGCCAUUCACCUGCUCUUCCUCACCGAGGGAGGCGCUGCCCGCGUGUCGGAGGGCGCCCGGCCGGGAGACUACGUGGCUCGAGUCUCGGUGUCCGACGUGGACGGCGGUCCAGAUGGACGAGGAGAGGCCGCGGGCGAACUGGGGGUGGGUCUGGGAGGCGGGAGCGUCUCGCUGUCCUUGGACGGCGGGGAGGGAGCCUUUGCCUUGCGAACUGGAGGCUCCGCGGGGGUAUUUUUCCUUUGCGUGCAGGGGCCGCUGGACAGGGAGAGCCGAGACCUGUACGCUUUGCGGCUGGUGGCCACGGAUGCGGGUUCCCCGCCGCUGAGUACGGAGGAGACUCUGCUGCUCAGGGUGGCCGACCUCAACGACCAGCCCCCUCUGUUCAGCCAGGAGCAUUACCGGGCCUCGGUGUCUGAGGCUGCGGCCCCUGGCACCCCGGUGGUGUGGGUCAGCGCCUCCGAUGCCGACGAGGCUGGCACCGACAAUGCUCGUCUGCGCUACGCGCUGGUGCACCUCGAGGCCGGCUGCCACCCGGAGGACAAGGGCCCCGUGACGGAGUGUGAACCUUCAUUCACUGUGGAUCCUGAGAGUGGUGUCAUCAGCACCUCCAGGAGGCUGGACCGGGAGGUCCAGGAGGCAGUAGAGCUGAGGGUGGUGGCCCAAGACCUCGGGGAGCCCCCGCUCUCCGCCACCUGCCUGGUGAGCAUCGCUGUGGCCGACGUGAACGACAACGAGCCUGUCUUCCUGAGGCAGGUGUACAAUGCCAGCCUGCUGGAGCAUACCCCGGCUGGCCACUGUUUCCUGCAGGUGAAGGCCUCUGACGCGGAUGCAGGGCCCUAUGGCUUUGUUGAGUAUUUUCUCUACGAUGGAUUCCAAAGCAACAAUGCUCCUCAGGCAUUCCAGAUUGACCGGCACGAUGGGCGAAUCUGUGUUUCUCAAGACAUCGACAGGGAAGGGGAUCCUGCCACCUAUGAUCUCUUGGUGAAAGCUCAAGAUGGGGGUGGACUAAGUGCCCAAGCUUUUGUUCGUGUGGAAGUAGAGGACGUGAAUGAUAAUGACCCUGUGUUUAGCCCAUCAACCUACGUGACGAGCAUCAGUGGCCAGAUGCAGCCAGGCACUGAGAUCAUCAAUGUCCUCGCCAGUGACAGGGACUCUGGACUAUAUGGAACUGUGACUUACGAGCUCAUUCCUGGAGACUUGUCAUCCCUCUUUGCCAUCGACUCCACUACAGGAAUUAUUUACUUAACAUCGACUCUUGGCCACCUGGAAUCUACUGCCCUUCUGUUGAUGGUGUGUGCUCGGGAUGGUGGCGGACGCUCCUCCCUCAUCAACGCCGACAUCACCAUACAUGUUCUUCAGACAGCUCUGGCUCCCGCUGAAUUUGAAAGGCCUAAAUAUACUUUCUCGGUUUAUGAAGAUGUGCCGAAAGACAGCCCUGUCGGAACAGUGAAAGCAAAAGAGUCAAAUUCCUCAGAGCCCAUUUUUUAUAGAAUUUCCUCUGGCGAUCUGGACAGAAAGUUCUCCAUCCACCCGUGGCUGGGCAUCAUUCGAACCCAGAAGCCUCUGGACCACGAAACGCAGCCGGUGGUGGUGCUCACGGUCCAGGCACAGCUCGGCAGCUCCCCGGCCUGCGGCAGCACAGAGGUCAACAUAACCGUCAUGGACGUCAAUGACAACGGCCCGGUGUUCGCCAAAGCUUCUGACGAGAUUCAGGUCUCCUCCACCAUCUGGCCAGGCACAGCCUUGUACUGGGCGCGUGCAGAGGACAAAGACAGUGGGCGCAAUGGGUUCAUCCGCUACUCCAUCACCGGGCAGGCCCCCGGCCUGUUCUCCAUCGAUGCCGGGCUCGGGGUGCUGUACCUCAACGGCAGCCUGGAGGCAGCCGUGCCCCCAGCGCACGUGCUCACCCUCCUGGCACAGGACCUUGGCGACCCCCCACGGGCGUCCCACUUGGUGCUGACGGUGGUCAUCCAGAAACAACGACCAAGCCCACCCUUGGCCUUCGCCAACCUGGUCUAUCAUGUGGAAGUUAGUGAGUCUCUGUCCCCGACGACCCAAAUCCUGCAGGUGCAGGCCCAGCCCCUGCGCCCAGGGCGCACGGCCUCGCAGCCCCGCUAUGCGCUGGGGGCCGGCCGCGACGCUGUGGGGUUUGGCAUUCACCCCGAAACCGGGUGGAUUUAUCUGCGACGACAGCUCGACUAUGAAUCGACGCAAACAUACCAUUUUAGAGUUUUUGCCCGGAUCCUGGAGGACAGACGGUCGCACAAUGUGAGCACUUCGGUAAUUGUGCAUGUGCUGGAUGAGAAUGACAAUCCCCCUGCCUUCUUGCAGGAGGUGGUGUUUCUGAAAGUCGAGGAGAGCCCCCUACCCCAAGGGGUAAUAGGCAGAAUUACAGCAAGUGACAGAGACUCGGGAAAGAAUGGACAGCUGUCGUAUUUCCUUUUGUCAGAUGGAAAAUUCUUCAAGAUGAAUCCAACCACAGGCGAAUUCAUCAGUUGGGUGGCCCUGGAUCACGAGCAUCAGGGACACCAUGAGGUGACCGUCCUCGUCACUGACCAUGGCACCCCGCCGAGAAAUGCCACCAUCUUGGUUUAUGUCUCAGUCACCGACAUCAACGACAACAGACCUUAUUUCCCACAGAGUCUCCCGGGAAAGGAAUUGCACAUCAAGGUUCUGGAAGGUCAACCUGUAAAUAUGUUGGUUACCACUGUGUUUGCAAAGGAUCUUGAUGAAGGAAACAAUGCAGAAGUUAUAUAUUCAGUAUCUCCAGAAGAUAGUUCUGAUCACUUCAAGAUUGAUGCCAACAGUGGUGAAAUAAGAACAACCACAAUACUUUCGUAUGAUCAUAGACCUUCUUAUAGGAUGACUGUCAUUGCCAGUGACCAGGGAGUGCCUCCUCUUCAAGGACAGGCAGUGAUUAAUAUUCAGGUGAUACCACUAUCCAAGAGGGGAGCCGUCCUUUCUCCGAAUAUUAGACAUUUAGUUAUACCAGAAAACUUGAAGCCCUCAAAAGUAAUAAGCUUGAUAAAGUCACCUGAUUACCUUCAUCGCCAUCACACUGGGAAGCUGCAUUUCAGUAUCGCUGAAGAGGAUAGGAACAGUCACUUUGAAAUUGACCACACAACGGGAGACUUGUUCCUUUUGAAGGAACUUGAUUAUGAAAUGGCAUCUCAUUAUCUUUUCAGGGUGGUUACCAAAGACAGCAGCAAAAACCCUUCCCCGAACAGCACAGUCUUCCUUAACAUCGAUGUGGAAGAUCAGAACGACCAUUCCCCCUCCUUCCAAGAUGAGUUCAUUGUGAUAGGCGUGGAAGAGAAUGUGCCUGUAGGAACAUGGGUGCACGUCUUCAAUGCCCAAGAUGGUGAUGGCAGUUUUCUGAACAGUCGUAUACAAUACUUCAUUGACGCCUACCUCCCUGGGGUGAAUCCAUUCCUCAUCCACCCCUCCUCUGGCACAUUAGUCACAGCGUCCCCCCUCGACAGAGAGAAGGUUCCCACGGUGUUCCUGAUGGUAACAGCUUCCGAUCAGGCUGUGAACGUGACAGACCGGCGAGUGAAAUCACUGAUAGCAAAGGUAGUGAUUUUGGAUGUAAAUGACCACAGCCCCACUUUCAUGUCGCCCCCUCUUGCCCACAUCAAUGAGGACGCCGGGGUGGGCUCCUUGGUGCACCGCAUAACUGCUGAAGAUCCAGAUGAAGGAAGGAAUGGAAGAGUCACAUUCAGCAUCCUCUCAGGAAACGAAAACAUGGCCUUUAUGCUAGAUGAGUCCUCAGGUCUGCUAGCUACAGCUUUUCCUUUGGACUAUGAAACCCAAUCUCAGCACAUUCUGACCCUUCUGGCCCUGGAUGGUGGCAUACCAGCACUUUCUUCAACACAGACUUUGACAAUUUCCGUUCUUGAUGUAAAUGAUGAGGCACCGGUAUUUAAGCAACAACUGUAUGAAGCUUCAGUUAAAGAAAACCAAAAUCCUGGGGAGUUUGUCAUAAGAGUUGAAGCUGUGGACAAAGAUUCAGGAAUCAAUUCCAAGCUUCAGUUUGAAAUCAUGCCAGGUGCUUCAUUUGGAUUAUUCCAGAUAAAUCCGGACACUGGAGAAGUAGUAACCACCACUAGACUUGACAGAGAAGUUCAGGAAGUCUUCACCCUUCUAGUGCUCGUGCGAGAUGGGGGUGUCCCUCCACUGUCCGGCACCACGACGGUUCUCUGUUCUGUGGAGGAUGAAAAUGACCACACACCAGAGAUUGCUUUGCCCAGUCAUGACAUCGAGGUUCUAGAAAACCAGGAGCCAGGGGUUGUCUACACUGUUUUGGCCUCUGAUAAGGACGCUGGCAGUAAUGGAGUCGUCGAGUGUCACAUCAUUGGGGGCAACACCGCAGAGUUCUUUGCUAUCAAUGAAACAUCGGGAGAGCUCUUGACCACUCGUGCUUUGGACAGGGAGCAGGUCAGCAAUUUCACCCUGGCCGUCCUGUGCUCCGACCUGGGGGACCAAGCUCGCAGCUCUACGGCGCAUCUGCACGUCCAAGUUUUGGAUGACAAUGACCACAGCCCUGGCUUCCCCACGCUCCGUUACCAGCCCUCCGUGAGGGAAGAUGCUCACGUGGGCACAGUGGUCCUCGUGCUCUCCGCUGUGGACAAGGACGAAGGCCUGAAUGGGCAAACUGAGUAUUUUCUGAUGGACGAGGCUUCUGGUGCUUUCACCAUUGACCCUGUGACGGGCACCUUGAGAACUGCCUGUACCCUGGACCGAGAAGCUCACGCCCAAUACACCUUCCGGGCUGGGGCCAGAGACUGCAGUGUCCAGGGCCCCAGAAGCACCACGGUCCUUAUACAUGUCCACGUCACUGAUGUCAAUGACAAUGACCCAGUUUGGGAACAGAACCCCUUUGAAAUUUUUCUGUCUCCCCAGUCACCUGUCAACCAGACCGUGGCUAUUCUGAGAGCCAGUGACCCCGACCUGGGGCUCAAUGGCACCGUCAUGUUUCGGUUUGCUGAGCCCCAGUCCAUGUUUUCUCUGGAUAAAUACACAGGAGAAAUUCAACUGUGGCAAAACCCAUCUUCAGAAUAUUUUCCCAUCUGGCUGCCGUUGGAAGUUAUGGACCAGGGGGACCCAGCUAGGACAACUUCUGGUCUCCUGGUCAUUCACUGGGAAGGAGAAGGCGUCCAGAUUUCCUUUAGCCACCAUCUGUACAGAGGCGCUGUGACUGAAAAUUGUGAGGAAGGUACUUCUGUUGUGACUGUAAAUGCUUUUGCUCCUGACUCAACCAAAGACAGCAUGAAAUAUUCCAUUUUUAGUGGAAAUGAAGAUGGAGUUUUUUCCCUGUGCUCCAACUCAGGAAAACUCACUGUAAAAGAACCCAAGCUUCUUGAUUUUGAAGUCAGAAAUGAAAUCCAGCUCAUCGUUUUAGCUGAAAGUCGGGGGCGCAGAGCCUACAGCAAAGUGGCAGUCUCCAUCCAAGAUGUGAACGAUAAUUUCCCAGGCUUUCAGCAAAGCGUGUAUCAGGCAUCCGUGCCCGAAGGCCAGCACUACGGUGCUCACGUCAUACAGAUUUUGGCCACAGAUCUGGACAGUGGGUUGAAUGGUCUCAUCGAGUAUUCUGUUCUCUCUGGCAACCACGGAGAAGCCUUCCAGAUGGACAUGCUGAGCGGUGCCAUAACCACAAGCAGUGCGCUGGAUCGCGAGCUCACUGCCUCCUACAGCCUGAUUGUGCAAGCAAUGGAUAAAGGGAUGCCCAGGUUAUCAGGCACAGCUGUGGUCAAGAUACAGGUGACUGAUAUAAAUGACAGUGCUCCAGUUUUUCUCCCUUCUGAAGCAGUGGAAAUUGCUGAAAAUUCCUUGCCUGGUACUGUUGUGACUCGAAUAUCAGUUCAUGAUGUGGAUUUGAAUCCAACUUUCAUCUUCAGUUUUGCCAAAGAGAGUAAUCCUGGAAGCCAGUUCGCUAUUGAUCGGAACACUGGAGUAGUGGUGCUGGCGAAAACGUUGGAUUUUGAGGAAGUGACCGAGUAUAAGCUGCUCAUCAAUAUUUCUGAUUCAGUGUAUCUCACAGAAGGAACGCUCAUUGUCCGUGUGUUGGAUAUAAAUGACAAUCCACCAGUAUUUUCUCAAGAUUCUUAUCAGGUUACUGUUCCCGAGUCGCUGCCUGUGGGGUCCUCGGUGCUGAGUGUUGCAGCCACAGAUGUAGAAAGCAGCAAGAACAUCUCUUACAGAAUCCUCCCCUCUUCUAGGGAGUUUGCAAUUGAUCCUGUAAAUGGCACCAUAUUUUCUAUCCUUCCUAAAUUACCUCUGGAUAAAAAACCAACCAUUCGAUUUCUUGUCGAAGCCAGCGAUGGUGGGGUCCCUGACCUGAGGGCUGUCACCCUAGUGGAGGUAGAAAUACAAGACAUAAACAGUCACGCCCCUGAGUUCGCAGUUGGAUAUUACAACCUCAGCUUGAGGGAAGAUGCUCCAACUGGGCUCACGCUUGUCACAUUUUCCACCACUGAUCACGACUGGACCCGUGAAAACACACGUGUUGAAUAUUCCAUCCUCAGUGGUGACUCACAGAACAGUUUCCUCGUGGAAACUCACUUCACUCAUUCAGACCAUCCCUACAAGCCAGUCGGUUACCUGGUACUGCUCCACCAGCUGGACAGAGAGGCCACGGCCGGCCUCCAGCUGGUCAUUGUGGCGUCUGACCAAGGCUGCCCUCCCCUGACCUCCACAGCCACGGUCGCUGUGGAAGUGCUCGAUGCCAACGACAGUCCCCCUCGGUUCAGCAGGCUGACGUACCACGCCCACGUCAAGGAAAGCACCCCUCCGGGCAGUCACGUCACUGUGGUCUCAGCCAGCGACCCUGACGAGGGCGCGCACGCCUACAUCACCUACCACCUCGUCUCUGGAAACGAAAAGGGGCAUUUUCACUUAGAAGAAAAAACCGGAGUUCUUUAUCUCCUCAAACCUCUGGACUAUGAGGAGACCAUACAAUUCACUUUAAUUGUGCAGGCUUCAGAUGAAGAGAGGAAACAUUUCUCCUUUGCCAUUGUGCUGAUCGGAGUCCUGGAUGACAACGAUCAUGCACCUCAGUUUCUCUUCUCAAGACUGAACUGUGUGGUGCCUGAAAACCUGCCCGUUUUUUCCACCAUAUGCUCCGUGAAUGCUCUGGAUUUCGACACUGGUCCGUACGGAGAACUGACCUACUCUAUUGUCUCCCCCUGUUCUGUGGCUCGUGGGACGCCUCCUCAUCCUGUCCCCUUCCUCAUCGACCCCAUCACAGGGGACAUUCAUGCUAAGCAAAUCCUCGACUACGAGAACAGCAAUAGCUACUGCCUGACGGUUCAGGCAAAAGACAAAGGCGACGCAACAGCCUCGUUGGUGGUGUGGGUGGAUCUUGAAGGGAUCGAUGAAUUUGAACCCAUUUUCACUCAAGAGGAGUAUUUUUUCAACCUCCCAGAAAAGAAUCACGUGAGGCAGUUGGUGGGCAGAGUCGAAGCCUCGGAUGCAGACGCUGGUAUUGAUGGAGUUGUUCUUUACUCCCUCAGGACUCCAUCGCCUUUCUUUUCCGUAAAUCAAACCAAUGGGAAUAUUUAUUUGACUAGAGCCCUUUCCCUCAGAAACAGUCAAGUCAGCAGAGAAGACACCAUCGAAAUGAAAAUUACCGCUCACAGCCCCAAACCAGGCUCCAAGUUUACCACGUGUACUGUUUUUGUGAACGUGUCUUUAUCCCUGGAAGGAAGAUACUUGGCCAUUUCAGUCAGCAGCUUUUCAGUCAGCCUCACAGUCUCCUUUUUAGUGUUUCUGUUACUAGUCUUCAUUUUAACUGUAGUGAUUUUAAGGCAUAAACAGAAAGACCCAAUAAACACUUACGAAGAAAAGAAAACCUCCCCGUCCUGUGUCAGCGGUGAGAGGCCCAGGGGGGAGGCCAGCAGGCUCAAGGCCUUCCAGGAAAGCAGCAGCUGCCUCCCGGAGGCCGUGCCCAUGACCUCCAUGCCUGAAUGGCUGAGUUUAUUAAGCAUCAUGGAGAAGGACCUUGUGAAUCUGUACAGGCACUCAAACUCCAGCGGCCACUGCUCCGUGGAAGGAGAAACUGCAGAAGAUAAGGAGAUCCAGAGAAUCAACGAGCACCCUUACCGGAAGGAUGCUGGGUCGGCCCUGAGCGAUCGGGAGUCCAGGGUGCCAGACUCCGGGAUCCCAAGGGACUCGGAUCAGCUCUCCUGCUUGUCCGGAGAGACGGAUGUGGGGGUGACUGCCGAAACAGCAGAAACCAGCCAGACAUUUGAGGAAGGAGGUGGAGGAGAAGGUUGUGGCACACCCACUGUUCAAGAUGAUAUGCCACCCCAGCCACUAAGGAAGAAUGAGGUGAACAUGGCCAUCCAGGCCGACAGCAGAGAAGAGUCUGUUUUUAUACCAGGCGAGCAGGAAGCAAGGAUCUCCAUUCUCUGCACUCAGAAAGCCUCCAAUGAUGACGUAGGAAGCAGUCACCACUGGGAUUAUCUCCUCGGUUGGGAACCCAAGUUCCAAUCUCUGGCCUCCGUAUUUAAUGAUAUUGCAGAACUGAAGGAUGAACAUUUGCCUGGGCCUGGCCUUCCAAAAGAGAAGAAAUCUUUGGGCUUCCCCCCACCUUUGAUCACUGCAGUAGCCCAGCCUGGGGUUAAAGCUGUUGCACCCAGGAUGUCAGCCAUCGCCCCCUUGCAAGGACCAGUGGUUCAGAAAUACCCACACUCACCCAUUUGCUACCAUCUCAGUUCUCUUCCGGAAGCCAUGACACCCAGCUUCUCUCCAUCUCUCUCCCUCUUGACCAUGCGGACCCCCACCAUCCCUUCAGAGUUGUCAGGUGGAGGCUUAUUGGGUUCCCGGGUCAGUGAUGCAUACCAUGGACUUAACCCCGAAGAUGAAGUUCAAAUAUAAAAUUAUUGUCAAGCCCCUGCUCAGCAUCGGUCGUGAAUGAUUGAAUAAAACCUUCUUAUUCUCCUGGAGAUCAGGUCAUUUUAUCCAGGCCUGAAUGAUGAAUUUAGGCACAGGCUUUAGAUCUUGCUCAUUUUAAGUUUCUCAAAUUUCUUCCAGCCUUAAUGAGAAGCUACCCCUCUUUGAACCUUCACGUUUUACUCUCAGGAUUCACCUUUGUGUAUAUUAAGUAGUGUACAUUCUGUCAUAACUGGCUUCCUGUAGGAUCAGAUUUUCAAUGGACACGAACUUGACUGCUGUAAUGUGUAUGUAGAAGUAAGUUCUGGUGUAUUAUGGUCACACUAGAGGUGACUACACUGCUACAUCCAAAACAAACUAGUAAAGACUGACUAAGAAAUGAGGACAGAAAGUAACAGAGAAGGGAUAUUUGGAGGGAUAAAUAUAAGUUUCUUUAAAAUGAAGCAAUUUCCUAUGGCUGUGCUAAUUUAAAGAUGGCAUUUCUUCACUUUCCCAAAUGCCACACUUGCGGACUUUAGCCAUAAUUUGAAUUUUAAUGUAGUAUCUUUUGAAAUCUAAUGAGAAAUUAAGAGUGAAAUUUGUCAUAACUCUCUGCUAAAUAAGAAAAUUAUUCCUGAUUUAAUGACCCAGCAAUGCAUGUUCUUGAUAGGGAGCCAGGAUGGAUAACAAGCAAUAAGUAUGUGGUCAGCUGCCCCCUAAGACAUACCCUCUUGGCCUUUUUUGCAAACAGAAUAUUUUUUUUCAAUGUUCUGUCUUAUGUCUUAAUAUCUUAUGGGUACAGAUAUUAAACUCUGA